GGAAAGAUGAAGCUGCUACUGAGCAGUCUGCUUCUCGCCUCGCUCUGUGAUCUCUCAUCUUGGAGUGUUUCUUCAACAGGCACACUUGUUGUGACCCAGACUCCUCAUGUCUCUGUCAUGGAGGGAGACCCAGUAAACAUUGACUGCUGCUGGACAGGAACGUUUGAAAGAUUGAAAGUUAAUUGGCUGAAAAAUCAAACAGAAAUUAAAAAUGAAACCAUCAUCUCAACAAAUACAUCUAAAGGAUCUCCGCAGAAGGAAAACCAAACCUGUUCAACCUUGACCUUUACAAAUAUCACAAGAAAUGAUUCAGACAUAUACUUCUGCAAGGUGUCUGUAGAGAUACCAUCUCUCAUUGAGGCUAAAGGAAAUGGUACUGUCAUCACAGUUCUGGACAGAGGCAACAAAACGGACAACAAAGAUGAAGACUCCUCAGCAGCGGGAAAAAAACCUUCACCUACCAUGAUCAUUGCGUUGGCUGUAGUGUGUCCAAUCCUGUUCCUCACUCUCGUCUCUUUCUGCAUUAUUCGAAGGAAACGAGCGAUAGCAGCCAGAGUGAUCUACGAGGUUCCACAUAUUGACUCUGAAGUGGCAGAUGUGGACAAACACAGCACCACCUCCUCCAGAGGCUCCACUCAGUGGGUAAGUCCCUUACCAAACAUGAGAAAAAAUAUUAAUGCGGCGGUAACCAACAGUCAUGCUCUUGGUUCCCCUUUUGUUUUCUUUUUUUUACUGUGGUGAAAGGGAAGUUAAAUAUUAUGAAAAUUGAUGGUAGUGUAUUUGAUAAUAGGCUAUCCAAAUAUACUUCAUGAGUGACCGAAACCUUUUUUUAUAUGAUAUACUAUUUAAAAACCACGUUUCAUUACUAGACUUCGUGGUGUUGUUGUGUUGU